AUGGCUCUCCUUGUGGACAAGCUGCGUCCACGCACCCUUGAUGCUCUCUCGUAUCACCCCGAGCUCUCUGAUCGCCUGCGUUCACUGGCACGAAGCGGAGAUUUCCCCCAUUUACUGGUCUAUGGACCCUCGGGCGCUGGCAAAAAAACACGAGUCAUUGCGACACUAAAAGAACUGUACGGCCCCGGUGUCGAGAAGAUCAAAAUCGAUGCCAGAGUCUUCCAAACGACGAGCAACCGAAAGCUAGAAUUCAACAUUGUCUCAUCCGUAUACCAUCUCGAGAUUACCCCCGCAGACGUCGGAAACUAUGACCGAGUAGUCGUCCAGGAAUUGCUCAAAGAGGUUGCACAGACGCAACAGGUGGAUCUCGGCGCGAAGCAGCGGUUCAAGGUUGUCGUGAUCAACGAAGCUGAUCAUCUCACCCGCGAUGCCCAAGCAGCUCUCAGACGGACUAUGGAGAAAUACAGUCCUAAUCUGCGAUUGAUUCUCCUAGCCAAUAGCACUUCCAACAUCAUUGCCCCGAUUCGUUCUCGUACCCUGCUGGUCAGGGUUGCAGCACCUAGUGAAAGUGACAUUUGCUCUGCGCUCCAUCUUGCAGGGAAAAAGGAAGGAUGGACCGAGUCGGAGGUGCUUAACAAGAGGAUUGCAAAAGAAAGUGGGCGCAAUCUGCGUCGUGCGCUGCUCAUGUUCGAAUCGAUUUAUGCGCAAAAUGAGAAAGUUACGGACAAGACCCUCAUCCCACCUCCGGACUGGGAGGCCCUUGUUACCCUAACGGCUGAUGAGAUUCUGGCUGAACGGUCACCGGCUCGGCUGUUGCAUGUUCGCUCACGUCUUUACGACCUUUUGACCCAUUGCAUCCCACCAACGACUAUUUUGAAGACCUUGACAUUCAAGCUCGUUGCACGAGUCGACGAUGCAUUGAAGCCGGACGUUAUCAAGUGGUCUGCCUUCUAUGAGCACCGCAUCAAACUGGGAAGUAAAGUAAUCUUCCAUCUCGAAGCCUUCGUGGCCAAGUUCAUGCGCAUCUAUGAAAGCUACCUGAUGGGCAUGGACUUUUAA